ACCGACUUCAGUCGCACUGCUUCUCAACUGCUACCAACCAUCUGCGCCUGGCUGACUUUUGCUGCUGCCAUCAAAGAGCUCGCUGUCCUUGGACUGUACCAACUUUGUCGAUUCUGCCUUCAUCCAAAACGCUUAGCUUUUAUCAGAGUACUGUCUGAGAGUGGACGCCAGACGUAGCGAGGAUAUCACACAGUACUCAGGACGGCAGACCGCAGCCGGACUUCCUGGCCCAUCAACUGUGAUCGCGGGAAGACAUAUCAAUGCACCUGCACUUAGGUGACAACCCGCGUACGUUGUAUCUAGUGACCAGCCCUCAAGAGGAGCGAGAUGGAUACCCGAGCAAAGCAUUGGUUUUCCGCGCGGUUGAUGGCAACUCGUCGCAAGCCAUAGUUCAAUUCCUUCCCAAAGAUCAAGUCGAUUUGGACGACACGAUCAAACUAUCUACGAGGAAUGUCUACGGAUGUCUUGGUUUGAUAUCUGUGUCGAGCGACAUCUUCCUUGUCAUGAUCACCUCAGCCUCACCGGCUGGUAACACUCGUCCUUCCUCGCCUAAUCAAGAGGGGGUCGCUCAGAUCCAUGAAGUCGCCUUUUACAGCCUCACCUCGUCUACAUGGGAUGGCCUAUCGCCUAACCUAGACUCUGCUUCUACUCCUGCUUAUGGUGAUCAGCCGGACGCGAUAUAUGGCGAGUCAUUUGCGGCAAACGGGGUCCCUGCCACAUAUUUUGAGCAUCCAUGUGCUCCGAUUGCGAAAAUCAUGUCAGCCGGCACGUUCUAUUAUGCUCAGGGUGCCCAAUGGGAUCUAUCUUCCCAUUUAUCACUGCGUCUGGCUCGAAAACGAACAAUGGACGGUAAUACAGACAUCGCAACGUACGACGAUAGGUUUGUGUGGAAUGAGUACGUUGUCAAGAGCCUUCUUGACUUCAGGGCGCGGCUGGAUCCGCAGGAGCGCGAUGAGCUGGACAGAACCCAUUUUAUUGUUCUGGCUAUUCAGGGUUACGUUGGCGUCUUCACACUUGCCCUGCCGCCUGCGCAAUCAACCAGCGGAUCUCCAGUUAUUGCAACGCUCUCGCUGAUUUCACGCCUUGGGUGGAAACGAUCUGGGACUCGGUUCAAUACUCGGGGUGUGGACGAUGACGGGAAUUGCGCUAACUUCGUAGAGACCGAGACAAUCUUCAGCACUGAGCAUCACUGCUUUAGCUAUGUACAAGUCAGAGGCAGCGUGCCAUUAUUUUGGGAGCAACAGGGCUUGCAAACGUUCGGCCAGCGCAUACAAAUUACUCGACCACAAGCUUCUCAACCUGCUUUCGACCGUCAUUUCCUGCAACUUACGGAAGAAUAUGGUGCUGUACACGCAAUCGAUCUCCUAGGCAGCAAGGAAAACGAGGCCAUCCUCACGAAUGCCUACCAGCGACACUUGCACCUCGCUCAAGGAGUAUUGGGAAACGCUGUCGGCAUCACGCAUUUCGACUUCCACAAUGCAGUGAAAAUAGGCGGGCAUGAAAGCGUGUUCCGAGAAGUCAGGCGAGUCAGAGUAUUCAUUUUGGAAUAUAUGAUCUCAUCGACCCUCAGACGUCUGCAAGAUAUCGUGGAGAAUAUCGAAAAAUUCGGAUUUACGAUGAUCGAUGCCGCUUCGGACGAGCUCAUUACGGAGCAGAAGGGUGUGUUUAGGACGAACUGCCUUGACUGUCUAGACCGCACCAACUUCGUCCAAGAUAUACUCUCUCGUACCACCCUAGAACAGUAUCUAAAGCUGAUCAGGAAGGAGUGGUCCCAUGCUAACUCCCUGUGGUCAAAUCAUCGAGAAGCAUGGGCCGAAAAUGGUGAUACCUUGUCCAGGAUCUACGCUGGCACAGGUGCUUUGAAUACCAGUUUCACCCGCACUGGCAAAAGAACCCUAGCAGGUGUCCUGUCCGACGCAACGAAGAGUGUUUCUAGGGCAUAUAUCAACAAUUUCCAAGAUAAGGGCAAGCAGACUGCAAUAGACGUGCUUGUGGGCAACAUGGCCGCGCGAAUACAAGUCGAGCUCUACGAUCCUAUACAUGAUUCGGUUCGCCGCGCUUUGGAAGCCAGGCUAUCAGAAUACUCGACGACCAUACCGUGUACAGUCUUUGUUGGCACCUGGAAUCUGAAUGGAAGACCUCCGUCUGCCGAAUCGCUAUUGCCAUGGUUGUUUCCCAGGCCGAAUACUGCCGAUCCAGAUAUUUUUGCGAUCGGAUUCCAGGAAAUUGUGCCACUGACUGCACAGCAGAUUGUGCAAGCUGAUCCUGAGAGGAGACGAGCAUGGGAGGGUAAGAUCCUCGGAGCCCUCAAUCAACGCUCUGGGAAAAAAGACCAUUAUGUCCUUUUGCGUAGUCAUCAGCUAGUCGGGACGGCGCUACUUAUCCUUGUGAAGUCAGAACUCACAUCUUUGAUCCGUAAUGUUGAAGCCGCGACACAGAAGACCGGCCUACGAGGAAUGUCCGGCAAUAAGGGCGCCGUGGCCAUCCGCCUCAAUUACCACGAUACCGGUUUCUGUUUCAUAACUGCCCAUUUGGCUGCUGGUCAUACCAACAUUGAUGAACGCAACGCGGAUUAUCGCACCAUAGCAAACAACCUCCACUUCUUAAAAGGAAGAACCAUUGAUAGCCAUGACAAUAUUGUCUGGCUGGCCGAUACCAAUUACCGCAUUGAUCUGGAAAAUGAUCGCGUGAGGUUCCUUGCAGGAAAUGACGAUUACGAUGCCCUGUUGGCGGCGGAUCAGCUCAAGCGAGCUAUAGAUGAUGGGCUAGCGUUUCCAGGAUACCAAGAGGGUCCGUUACUUUUCCGUCCGACAUACAAAUACGACGUUGGAUCCGAUAAGUAUGAUACCGGGGAGAAGAUGCGAAUCCCCGCAUGGACAGAUCGGAUUCUGUACAAGGGUUCCCAACUCGAUCUAGCAGUCUAUUCUCGAGCUGAGCUGAAAAGCUCCGAUCAUCGCCCAGUCUUCUCCCUCUUCCGCGCGGGAAUCAGAAUCAUCGAUCACGUUAAGAGGGAGACAUUGUCCCGGCUUCUCUUGGAGAAUGUCACCUCUACCGUUCCAGGGGAGAAGCUCGAAGAGAAGCUCGCAAAGUUGACGUUCUCAGCGAACGCCGAAAGCCUCCCGCCACCCAGUUCAGAGGAAGUAGCUUGGUGGGACGGUCCAGGACAUCCCGAUGGUAUCUUCGUUCCGAUUAGUCCUAGGAAGAUUGCACAACAGAAGAGCAACCCUUUUGACUCACCGGUUGAGUCCCCGCUAUCAUCGUCUCCGACAUCGUCAGAGGAAGAGAUAUAUCACGCGUUGCAGAGCCCAAUGGCGCCUGUCCAAGCAGGCAGGAGACCAGCCCCUGCGCCACCCCCGCGGGGGAACAAACCGAUACCGAACAAUAAUGCAUGA